AUGGCCCCCGAAUCAGGUCGAGUCUACCACAUCAUCAACGCCAAAUCUGGAACAGCGCUAGACGCUGCCGAGAGUGGUGCCAUCAAUGGAUACCAACCCCACGGCGGUGGGAACCAAAGGUGGACUGUCGAAAACAACGGGUCUCAUUGGACCUUCCGAAACGACAAAGGCCAAUACCUCGGUUACAACGGUGAAGUCCGCGAAGGUCUACCCCUCACCGCGGUUAAUCAGGCUGUCGAAUGGGAUAUCUGGCCCGAUAAAAAUGAUCAAAGUCUUCAAAGAAUCUACGUACCAGGAUGGCACACCGCAAUGAAUAUCGAUCUCUCUGACCAUGGAAAUUCCAACAAUGGAACCCCUGUAACGCUAUGGGGUCAAUGGGAAGGGAGCCAUCAGGCUUGGAGGUUUGAGCAGGCUUGA